CGCAAUAGAAGAAAUAAAAGUGGGAAGUGUUGAACAAUGGAGCAGGGAGGCGCCAACAUUCCCCAUCAGGAACUUUCUGGUUUCUCUCCUCCUGGUUGCCGAUAGUCAACCAAACGCGCAUUGUAGACUUAAAAAUCAGUUUCAGUCAAAACCGACUGUUCAAUUGGUAGAAAUAAAGGAGGUUUUCUGUCAAGAGCACCCGAGAGCACUCAAUCGCAUCUGUUCUGAGGGAGAAUCGUAUCGCCGGCGUCCUGCUGUCAAAUUAUUUGCAUACGGACUUCCGCCCCCUGAAUUUAGUUUCUGCAUCAACUACCAAAGGCAGUGGGCAGACCUGAGCCCUCAUGUUAGACGUGGUCAUGCGGACUUGACAUUUAAACUCGUCUAAUAUUUGGACAUGAACGGCGGACGCGUUUAAUUCGGAUUGCCCGGAUGGAUUCGGAUUAAACGCUACAUUGGGAUCUGACUUUCUUUCCCACAGGCGGUUCACGUUGACUAUGCCGGAUAUCUUCCGGCUGUUUGUGGAUGUACCGUGACUGACUUACAUUGACUUGCUUUGUAAUUUGGGAUAUGGCACUUUAAACGCGUCGGACUGUAGGCUACUUGCUAUUUUCUAGCAGGAAUAUGUGCUUUUCAUCUCUCUGGUGGUGAUUUAAGACGGGGGAUUCCUCGUCGGUUUGCACUUGUCUCUGGAUUGUAAAGUGGGUUACGGGUUUACCCGAUACGGCCACGUCUUUCAAUCCGAUACAAUAUCUGAUGUCUGUUUCAAUGUGUCCGAUUAUAAACCCUGGAAGAGUUGAACAUCUCUUUUGGAUGGAGUUGUUCUGUGCCUUCUUUUGACGCCUCGGAUACAUAAAUCGUAGACCGUGUUUCUUAAUCGUUGGAUUUCCUUUUUUUGACGUGUCUUUUAGACUAUCUUUUUACAGGUUUGGUCUUUUUGUGUUUUUAAUGGAACUACUGUUGACAUCACACGUUUCUUUCUUUUGAUUCAACGAAUUCGGAUGAUUUUCAUAACACACAUUUAAUUCCUGAGUGAAGAAAUACUGUGUGGUGUCUGUUGAUUUAUUUAUUUAUCGUAAACCUUCUGCACACACCAUGACUUUCUUCUCCGGGGCAGCGGUUCUUUUGCUGCGUGGACUCGUCAUCUCUGCGGUAUUGGGUUUAGAGAGUUCAUACACGAGUACUCUGUCGAACCGAGUCACUCCGGAUCCAGCGGCACCAGCUGUUGCUCCUACAGACCCAUGUUUAACAGUUGUCCCUCCAUGUGUGACGGAAGCCGACCGAUUCAGUUUAGAAGCGCUCCGGCACAUUCACAAGCAGCUAGAUGAUGACAAUGAUGGAGGAAUUGAAGUCAACGAGAGUGUGGAGUUUAUUAUAGAGGACAUGAAGCAGCAUCAGACUAAUAAACACAGUAAUCUUCAUCGAGAGGACCAGCACAUCACGGUGGAAGAGCUAUGGCGGGGCUGGAAAAUCUCAGAAGUGCAUAACUGGACAAUAGAGGAUGCAGUCCAGUGGCUGAAGGAGUCAGUGGAGCUGCCUCAAUAUGAAACAAACUUCAGAGAGUUUAAUGUAGAUGGCAACACGCUACCUCGAAUAGCGGCCAAUGAACCCUCGUUUAUGUCAUUACAGCUAAAGAUUUUAGACCAACGACAUAAACAGAAAUUAAAUUUGAAAGCAUUGGACGCAGUACUUUUUGGACCUCCAUUACGUCCUCAUCAUAACUGGCUGAAGGACUUUAUAUUAAUGAUCUCAAUCAUCAUUGGAGUUGGAGGCUGCUGGUUUGCAUACAUUCAGAACAAGUCAUCUAAAAUUCACAUCUCUCAGAUGAUGAAAGACCUGGAGAGUCUUCAGAAUGCUGAACUGAGCCUCACAGAGCUCCAGAGCCAGUUGGAGAAGGCGCACGAGGAAAAUCGGACGGUGGCGGUGGAGAAGCAGAACCUGGAGCAGAAAAUGCGUGAUGAGAUCAACGGUGCUAAGAGAGAAGCCAGCCGUCUGAAGGAGCUGCGAGAGGGGGCCGAGUGUGAGCUUAGCAGACUCAAAUAUGCAGAGGAGGAACUCGUGCAGGUGCGAAUGGCACUUAAGAGAGCAGAGAAAGAAAUGCAGACGGAAUGGUCCGUGCCUGAAUCACUGCAGAUGUGGCUACAGCUCACACAUGAGGUGGAAGUGCAGUACUACAACAUCAAAAAACACAACGCAGAACUACAGCUCGCAGUCGCAAAGGAUGAGGCAGAAAAGAUCAAGAAGAAGAGGAACUCUGUGUUCGGUACCCUCCAUGUUGCACACAGCUCAUCGCUAGAUGAAGUCGACCACAAAAUACUGGAGGCUAAAAAAUCGCUGUCAGAGGUCACGGCUUGUUUGCGGGAGCGUCUGCACCGCUGGCAGCAAAUUGAGAAACUGUGCGGCUUUCCCGUGGUUAAUAACUCUGGGCUGUCGAGCCUUACUGCCUCCCUGUAUGCCGACCACAGCUGGGUUGUCAUGCCAAGGAUGUCUGUACCGCCCUACCCGAUUGCCGGAGGGGUGGACGACCUCGACGAGGACAUGCCCCCGAUCAUUCCACAGUUCACCUCUCCGCUGAUUCGACCUCCUCUGACCCGGAACAGCAGCGUGUGUCGUUCUCGCAGAAGUCUCAUGUCUCAGCCCUCGUGCCUCUCUGCUGACCCUGACCUGUUAUCCAUGGCAUCGGCCCCGCUGGCUUACAGACCCGAUGGAGACGAUGACCACAUCUUCUUCACUGUAGAAAGGAAGGGGGACCCCCAGGACACAUACUCGGAUACAGACUCGCUCAGUUCCUCUUUGGGCAGGAAACAGUUCUCUGUUCAAGGUACCUGUGCUUCAGGCACGGACACCCCGCCACGCAAAAUCUCUCGUGAGGAAUUUCUCCUGAUAGCGCAAGAGGCCCAGGCAGCCGCCAUGGAGACAUAUCCCACAUCCUCAUCCUCCCCUUCAUCUCCACUUGACUCCUCCUCAGUUCACAAGGGCUCUCCCGACCUCACCCGCUCUGCCCUCCCAGAAUCUCAAAGUUUGACCUUUCAUCAUGGCACCAAAGCUGUGGCUUAUAAUGGCAUUCUGGAAAAGUCAUACAGUAUGGGGCAGCUGCCCGCCGGAGGGAUGCCUUCAGAGGGAAUUUACCCCUCGAUUAGCUCACUCGACACAGAAGGCAAAGCUAUCAAGGAACCCAAGCAGCUUCACUCCUCACAGGACUCCUGCGAUAAUGCAGAAAAAAAACGCUCCAAGAUCAAGAGCUUGUUUAAGAAAAGCAAAAAGCUGUGAGGAACAGUGGAGAGGUAGUGGAAAGAAUGGAGAGGAAAAGAAGCCUUAAAACAAAGCAAAGGAGGGGGAUGUUGUCAACCAGAAGCCAAAACAUUUUUUAGUUUCUUUGUAUUUUUUUAUUUAAAAAAAAUGAAGCUCCAUCUAGAUAAAGUCUUGGGUUGAAAACCUUUUGGAAUGGUUUCGUCUCGCACAUAAUCCUUUUAUGGCCAGAAUUUUGCAGAACAAUUAGCCUACUUGCACACAUUAAAAUACGACUCCUCCUUGCAUUUAAGCAUUUCUUCAUUCAUUAAUCUUUUUCGAUGUUUACUAAAUCAUUUUAUUUAUUUGUUCAGUGAAGCAUUACUAUUUUGAUUUAUUUGUUCAGUGUAGCAUCACUAAACUCCUCCCUCUCCCAAUGACUUAUGGGUAACACCAGCCAUUAGAAUGUGCAUAGAUCUGCUCUUCAGUAGACCAUUAGGGUAUAUAAAGAAUACUCAUUCAACAAUUUGGAAGAUACCAACUCUCCUUUGAAAUACUAUUUUGGAUGGAAUGUAUGCGAAUUGGGAUGCAUGAAUGGCCUCUUUAAUGUCUUUGUCAGUUUCUGUUCUCUGUUAAGUCCAUUAUUAUUAUUAUGCCAUUUGGAAGGGAUCAGGAAGCAUACUAACCCGGAAAGAAAUUCAUAGAUAUAUAUAUCUAGAUGCCGUUUCACUAUUUGUAGGUGGUCUGCCAUUUUGGAACUAUACGAGUCUUUCUGUGAUGCCAAGUCCCCCUUUGGAAUUGGGUGUGCCUCACAAAUCCUGAAAAAUGAUCACCCCCUGAUGGCUGGCUACAGUAUAGGUCAUAGACCCUGCCCUCUCCAUGUAAACAAAUGCAAACGGAGCCAAAACAGAACUAUAAAAUCCAAUUAUACUUAAAAAAAAAUCUAAAGAUGUUUUCUGUUCUUUUGGUCAGUUUUUAUCACGUUGAUGUAUGUCCAAGUGUUCUUUUAUCGAAUAAGGUUAGUUUUAGUUAGUUAUAAGAAGUUAUAAAAAGUGGUGUGGUACAUGAUUUCUUUGAUUACGAAGGAGUCAUCAGGGAAUAUGGGCAGGACCUUGAUACCGCACUCCACUUCGUGCUCACUAAUGCGCAGACUCUGGUCCCUAUCGUACACCCGGUGCUAAGCGGCACGAGUGUUUUUGCUAGUUUCAGCCCAACGCAGUUCUCUUUUAUCCCGUCCUGCACUACCUUGUUUAAAUAGCAAAUUCAGUUGCGCUCAUUUGUGCGUCCAUAGGCGUGCUGGUCUAAAAAAGAGUUGUGUUCAGGCGCAUUGUUGGCACGUUGCUAUUUUGAGGAACUGAAAAUACUGCGCCAAUAGACUGCGCCAUAGACCAACUCAAACCUGCUCUAAAGUCAAUAGCGCAAUAUGUUUUUUUGUUUUUUUUAAGAGGGCGUAAAGUAACUAAUAUGCACCUAUGGGUGAGUGCACACUGCUCGUACAUUCUUUUUAUUACACACAGAAGGAUGCGCAGCAGCACACAAACAUGCCAAAUAUUACAAAUAAAUGGACUACAAUGUAAAAGAUUAUUAUUGUGUGCAUAAAGAUAAAAAAUCUGGCUUGUCCUGUGGAUGUGUGCGUUUCCUCUCUGGAGAGGAGUCCGGUCUUUGCUCUUGCAAAUUCCGCUGUGUAAACAGCAGUCCGCCAUGGAGCGAAAACAACUGGCUCCUAAAGGGAAUGGGAGAUGAGUCUCUGAUUCGUUUACUGCACAUUUGCCCAAAACCCACCCAUGAAUCAUUAAAAGAAUCGGUGUAGCCCGUUUAGACCAUGCGCUCGGGAGCGCCGACCGUAUUCUCGUCGUUAAACUAGUAAAAGUGGAUUCGGACACGCCCUGAGAGCACCUGCGCCGUGCGCAUUAGACCAUGCGCUUAGAUCGUUAAAAUAGGACCCUCUGGCUCCAACCAAAUGAUGUUAAUGGCUGUGGCCAUAACUCUGACAUAUUGGCUUCAUUUUUUUAUAAUGGAAGUGAAUGGGAGCGCAUUGUCCAUAUUUUAUAGAGUCUAUUUUUUAAACUGUUACUGCAGGAUGUUUUUUCCGCAGGUUAAAAGUGUAAGGAUUUCGAUAUUAAGAUGUCAUUCGUAAAAUGAUAAUGAAAGUCCUGUUAUUUGGAUUAGGGAUAUUAGGUGUGAUGAUUGAUGUUGUUACAAAGAUCUGGCAAACUGUCUGUGAAACCUCAAGAGCACACUGACUGGGCGUUUACAACUAUAGUUAUACACAUGUAUGCUUAUUAAAACUUAUUAAAUGUUGUGUAAACUCAAACUUCAUAAUGGCUUAACUAACACAUGACAAAAAUGAAAGAGUAUCCCCUUUUUUCAGGAAUUUAAAUCCAGAUGGAUUUCAUGUUCAUGGCUGUGCAUCGUCGUGGAAUUUUUAAACUAUGAUUGACAUCAAAAUGGCGGACAUGUCUACGAGCGCUCCUAUGUGACAUCUAGUUAUAUUAUAUAUCUAUGUAAAAAUAGCCCAACAUUAUUGGAUUCUACAGAAAAAAUACUUCACCUAAAAAAUUAAGUACUGUUAUUAUUUACUCACUCUGAAAGUAGCUGUUGUUUUUCAUGAAAUGCAGGAACGGGAAACUUCCUGAUGUGACAUAUUUCAUUUGAACUUAUCAUUUUUGUUUUAUCAUUUAUUAACAGCAAUUUAAAAAAUCUAUAGAAGGAAAUUUUAACUUCUAUAUUUUAAAGUUAUACCAGACCCAAUAAAACUUGUGACUACAGUAUAUUCAGAAUAACAUUUAGACUGGUUGUGUUUUGGUAGAGAAAUAAGUGCGGGAGGUCUGGCGCACCCAUAAAAAGAGCUCUGCUUCACAGAUCCUGGUUACUUUUAACUGGUGUCUUAUGGCAGGAUUUAAAUAAAUAAAUAAACAAACAAAUUUCUGCUUUCUAUGAAAAACUAAUAACUUCCCGAGGGUGAGUAAAUAACCACAGAAUUUUGGACCUGAGCUAUACUUUUUGAACUCUAAACUAUACUGUACCAUAUGAAGUUAUAAUAGUUUAGAUUACUUUGCUGCAUUAUCGUGAGCACAGUGUUUCAUUUUUAUUUUUUUGUGAUUCAUGAAGGUUUGCCCUAUAGUGUGAAAAUCAUCUAAAAUCUCUUCAUUUCAAGGGCACAGGGUGAAAUACAGGCUUUCAGUUUCUUCAGUUUCUGUUUACUUCCACAGUGCUCCUGUAAUUGACAAAAUUUCCUUCAAGAAAAAAUGGAAACUCUUAACACAUAGUAGCAUGUCUGAACGCCUACACAGUAAAAUAAUGAACACAAAUAAAUGCUUAAUUAGUAAAUUAAAACAAAUUAUCAUAAAAUAUAUGCAUUACAAUUUUUUUUUCAUUAUUUCACUUAUUUUAAAAUAUCCUUUCAAGUUUGAGGUCAACAUUGACUAAAAAAGACAAAAGCUGUGUACAGUACAGCUGUACUUCAAUAGUAUUUUGUCCAGGUGUUUUUGAUUAAGGCAUCAUGAUGACUAACUGCUGUGGGGAACCCGCUACUGAAUUAUCCUGCUAAAGGUUGUUGCACUACUGCUUUCCUUAUCUGGAAAGAGUCGCUUUUGGCGGCAUAAAAGUAAGUUAUAUUAGUUAGAUGAAGAAGAAUAUUUGUAAAGAUGCGUCGUAAAGCAACAAAUUAAUAUCAGAGCCGGAAAAAAACUAUUUGAUGCGUCUACCAUGCUUCUUACCACAUCUAUUCUCUGAAAUCUAUUUUUAUUUGAGUUUUUUAUGUUUAAUAGAAAUGAUUUAACUGUAGAAAAUUUAUUUCUUAAGGGUAUCUAAGGAAAUAUCUUUUUUCUGAGGAGAAAUAUAUAUGAUGUGCAGAUUUUACCCCAAAUCCCUCUCUUGUGGACUGAGUGCCCUGUUUCAAGGGUGUUACCAUCACUGUGAUCAUAAUACCUCUCUUCCCCUCAUAAGAGUCAUCCCAAACAAGGCUCUGAUCUCAAAAAAGGCACUGAUUCUAUUUUGUCCAAAAAUAUUGCACCUUUUUUGAAGUGCGAGUCCAGUGCCAGAGAGGACAUGGAGACAGUGGUGCCUAAAUUGUGUCUCAAAACUCAUUCACUCAUCAUUUUGCGUGGUGACACAAAGAUGAAGGGUUUAUGCAUACACACAUAUGUUGUGUAUAUAGUGACUGACAUCAAGAUAUGAAUGUUGAGAUGAUUGAGUUGAUUAUUGUGUGAAUAUUUGUAUACUGUAGAACUAGUUAAUAAAUAAUUGAGGCAAGUCUCAUCUGUGCAAUCCCUUAAAAAGUUUCUGUGAUUUAUUUUUUUGUAUUUUAUGUCAAGUUGCCUGUACACAAUGGAAUAUAUGGUGAGUUGACAAAAACGAUAAGGGCAUGGGAGACUUAAACCAAUAGCCCCCUGUCGAGGUCCAUUAUAUGGAUAAGAACCCUGGAAAUUUUUCCUCAUAACCCUCAAUUUGUUUUCGAAACAAGAAAUAGACACAUGGACGGCUUGUACAGUAUGACAUGUGGGUGAGUGAAUUAUCAUGAAAUUCAAAUUGUGAAGUGAACUAUUCCUUUAAUGUGCUAAUGUGGUAAUAAUCAAGCAGGAAAUUAUUUUACUGAAAAAAGAAAAAUAUUUUCAGUUUUUGAUUUUGAUCAAGUACAGUAUAUGAGUUUUAAGGGAUACCAUUGGCUACAGGGGAGUUUAAGAAUGAGAAGUCACUUUUACACAUUUGGCGUCGACAUGCCUGACCUGACACAUCAUCACAGCCACGUUUUUGGCGCCCUUGUGCUUGUCAUGUCAUAAAAGGAUAUCCCAUAAUCCUCGUCGAGCACCGGUUGUAGCCCUCAUAGGCAAUUCACAGGAAUGAAAAAUAAAAUGCCUUUGCCCGGUUUCACAGACAAGUCUUAAAACUGUUCCCAGACUAAACUGAAUGAUUGAGCUGUCUGAAAUGAACUGUAAAUAACUAGCCCUGAAAAAUCUUAAAAUGUGUAAGUGUCAUAUUUG